AUGGAGCCCGGUGGACUGGACAACUCGACGUACGGAGCGACGGGCGCCCCCCACGACCCCCGCAGCGACGACUCCAGCACCUACGGCGGCAUCGCCCUCCCGCACAGAUUCAGCAUGGACGGCGGCGACUCCCUGGACGCACUGGACUCUAGCACCUACGGUGUGCACCUGCCGUCUGCGUUUUCUGACGUCCGCCAGCCGUCUGAGGCCGAGUGCGACCUGUACAUGGGGGCGAGCGCCAGGCGGGGAGCUGCUGGGGUCAGGGCGGACCCACAAGAGAAGAACAGCGUGCAUUCAUCCUCCACAGAGAAGUCAACCGUUAUUCUGGAGCCUAAGAGUGCGGAUGGCAAACAUGAAGAGGUUGCUGCCGAUUUGGAAGUUUCUAAAGAUUCCUCAACUCGAUGAACUUAGUGUAUUUUUCUGUUACGUAUAUAGUAGUGCAUAGUAGUGUACUUUCUGUUACGUAUAUUGCUGACAGUGAAUAAUCAGUGAGCAUUUUUUCAUUCUUUCCGUAGUUGUUUAUAAUCAAUGUAUCAUACGCAAAU